CAAUAAUGCUUACUACUCUCACCAAUUCAAUUACCCUCUCACUCUCUCCACUGUUAUUAUUCUGCUGAAGCAGCUCAGUUAAAGCACAUUACAUAACAGAUCUCUUUUUCUUCUUUUUUUCUACCUUUUAAACCCUUCAAGUUUUUUGCUUUAUCACAAUUUCCAUUUGUGUCCUUCACUUCACAUUUUCCAUACUUGUAACUUGCGAUUUUGCUAUUGUAUCACUUCUUCACCCUGUUACUAUCUUCUAAACUUCAAGGGUUUUCUUCAACCUUUUUUUUCCGCCAUGUCACCCUUUGAUUUCCUUGCGAGAUUGCAGAAAAAAUCAACAAACUUUGUCAAAACCCAUGAAUAAAAAUAGCAUCUUUUAGCUUCAUUUGCAAAACUCAUGAAUAAAAAUAGCAUCUUUUAGCUUCAUAUGCAUAACCCAGUAAUAAAAAAAACAUUUUUAGCUUCAUAUUUGAUAUACUGUUAGUAAAGAUUUGAUUUUUAAGUUGAUUUUUAUUGUUGGGUCUCUAGUUAUCUUGGUUUAACAUUCAUGGAGUUGAUGGGGUGUGGAAAUUUUUUAAGGGGGUGUUUUGUUGUUAUGGUAUUUGCUGCAACACUAUUGGUGGGUCCAGUUUGUGGAAUUGGUGUUAAUUGGGGAACACAAUCAACACACCCUUUGCCACCAUCUACUGUUGUGAAAAUGCUAAAAGACAAUGGUAUUCAGAAAGUUAAGCUUUUUGAUGCUGAUCCUGAUAUUCUGAAUGCUCUAAAGAAAUCUGGGAUUCAGGUUAUGGUUGGUAUACCUAAUGACUUGCUUUAUACUAUGGCUAAUAGUCUUCAAGCAGCUGAAAAAUGGGUUUCCAAGAAUGUUUCAGCACAUGUCUCUUCUGGAGGAGUAGAUAUCAGGUAUGUUGCGGUGGGAAAUGAGCCUUUCUUAUCAACUUACAACGGUACCUUUGAAGCCACAACACUUCCGGCUCUUAAAAACAUCCAAUCGGCUCUUGUAAAAGCUGGUUUGGGAAACUCGGUUAGAGUCACUGUCCCUUUAAAUGCCGACGUGUAUCAGAGCUCAUCAGAUAAACCUUCCGAUGGUGACUUUAGGACAGACAUCCAUGAUCUCAUGCUUCAGAUUGUCAAGUUCUUGAGUCAGAACAAUGCUCCAUUUGCAGUGAACAUCUAUCCGUUUAUCAGUCUUUACGCAGAUCCCAAUUUUCCUGUUGACUAUGCAUUCUUCAACGGUUUUGGUUCUCCUCUAACCGACAAUGGGAAUAUCUACGACAAUGUCUUUGACGCUAACUACGAUACACUAGUAUGGGCGCUGCAGAAGAAUGGUUUUGGCAACCUGCCCAUAAUCGUAGGAGAAAUUGGUUGGCCUACAGAUGGAGACAGAAACGCAAAUGUUCUGCUUGCACAACGUUUUAACCAAGGCUUCAUGUCUCGCUUUGUUGCCGGAAAGGGAACUCCGAUGAGGCCUGGUCCUAUCGAUGCAUACUUGUUUAGCUUGGUAGAUGAAGACGACAAAAGCAUUCAGCCAGGUAACUUUGAACGUCAUUGGGGAUUGUUUUACUUCGACGGACGACCAAAAUACCAGCUUAACCUCGGAUUGAGAAGCAGUGGGCUAGUAGGUGCUACCGGGGUAGCACAUCUGCCGAAAAAAUGGUGUAUCUUGAAACCCUCAGCUAACCUGAAUAGCGAUCAACUUGCAGAGAGUGUGUCUUACGCAUGUCAAAAUGCAGAUUGCACUAGUCUUGGGUAUGGAACUUCGUGUUCGGGUUUAGAUGUCCGGGGUAACAUCUCGUAUGCGUUUAAUAGCUACUACCAAGUGAAUGAUCAGAUCGAUAGUGCCUGCAAAUUUCCCGGCCUUUCCGUUGUUACUGACAAAGAUCCUUCAACUCCAGAUUGCAUAUUCAAAAUCAUGAUCCAAACUGAUUCUGCUGGGAGAAUUGGAUCUCUUAGAAUAGUACUCUUUGUGUUUUUGUUUUAUAUUAUUGUGUAGUAUUUAUUUAAUCUAUUAAGAUUCUGGAUUUUUAAUUUACUUGUGGAGAGAAAGUAAACUGUGUAUUUCAUUUUUCAUAUUCAACAUGUUUGAAUGCAUGCAGCCAAAGAGGAAGACACAACAUGGUUGACAUAGUUUACUUAAAA